AUGGCCAGCAAACUGAGUACUUUGUUCAGUGUUGGUGAGGACUUUGAUGAUGAGGACAUACUUGGGACAGACUGGGCUCUCACAGCUGCUUCUCCAUGUUUACGAAGAGCACCAGAGAAUAUGCAAAGACCGACGUUUUCGACCCCUGUAACGUCCAACCACAACCGGAGCCUGUUUGAGUCUGCUUCCCCUGCACCUCCUGCUCAAUCCAUGCCCCCAUCACCCCUCCACACUCCGGUGCUGACAAACCGACUGGUCCAGUUGGUCUCCGCCUCCAAUUCAAAGAAAAGGCCUCGCUCUGAUUUGAACCGGGCCAGAACGAGACGCUUCCCGGGGCCAGCUGGACUUCUACCGCAACAGCCGCAGGGUCAGAGCCUGGAUGACAUAGUGGUCUCUGUCCCCAACACACCAGCUCACGGUGCAGUGGCCAGGUCACCGAGCCAGUGUUCCAGCUCCCAGACCGAGGAGGAGGACUUCACUGGACCCGCCUGGAGAUCUAUGAAGUCUGAGAUGGGUCUGGACGAGAGGAACCCAUCCUGCUUCCUCCACACCUACAGUGUUGUCAUGGUGAUGCGUAAGGCUGCUCUAAAACAGCUGGUGAAAAACAAAGUGCCAAACAUGGCUGUGCUGCUCAAGAGCCUUGUCCCCACUCACACCGACGCCAAAGCAGUUUUCAAAGACCCAACAGGGGAGAUGCAGGGCACAGUGCAUAGGCGGUUAUUGGAGGACCGGGCUGGAGAGCUGAAGGCUGGAGCUGUGCUUCUGCUGAAACAGGUGGGAGUGUUUUCUCCCUCCCAUCGUAACCAUUACCUGAACGUGACGCCUAACAACCUGCUCCGGGUUUACUCCCCUGAUGGAACAGUCAUGUCGUCCACCCAGCUCCCCCCAUUGGUCUUUGAGCCCAUGCUGCUCUCAUCAACCCCCAAUCUCCUCCGGGAGCCUGUGUCCAAGAUGCAGCUGCUGUUUGAUGAUGACGAUGAUGAGGAAGAGGCAGCGGGGAGGAGCACGGUGCUACAGGAAUCACUGGACCAAAGCACCAAACACCUGCAGCCCACAUCCGCUCAGCACGACUCGGGCUGGGGAGCAGAUGACCUUGACGAGCUCCUGGGAGAGUUGCCUGAGGAAAUGUACACAGCUUGA